AUGUAUAAACCGUUUUUUGAUGAUCCUGUUAAAACAUACGAGUAUUACAAUUUUCUGCCUGAUGCUCGAGAUGAUUUAAAAGAUAACGAUGAUGUUGUGGUCUUGCCUCCAGACGCGCGUUAUUUGACUGACGAGGAGGGAUUGGACGAAAAGCAACUGACGGCAAAUGGAAUGCCACAAGACGUUUCUGGUCGUUUAUGCCAAUAG